ACCUACAACAUAAGACUCCAUAACACACCUACAACAUAAGACUCCAUAACACUCCACAGUCCACACUGAAGUAAACUAGGGAUGGAAGUUGACGACGAUCUUCACGCCUUAGUCGACGAACAACGCCGUGAAAUAGCAGCCGCAGGUGACGGUGCCGUCGAUGUCGACCUUCUCUUCGCUUUUCAACUCCAAAUGCAAGAGGCUAUGAACGCUUCUACUUCAAAACCCGCCAUUAAUGCAAACGUUAUCGUAGGUAAUAACAAUGUCAGUAAUAUCUUCCCUGACGAAUUAUCAUACUACGAGCAACAACUUAUAGACCAACAAACCGCUCAAGUUGAGAUGAGGAAAAUCGAAGACGACCUAAAUCGUCGAAUUCAUGACCAGGCUUUUGCACGGGAGAUACUCAAUGUCCCGGAUGGUGAGUGGAAAUUAAACGGAGAUCAAUUACAUAGGCCUUAUGGGGAGGGAUCGUCGUCCAAUGGAGUGGAUACGCAAAAUGGGGAGUGUUUUAGGGUUUAUGUCAAGGGUUUGAUGGGAGAAGAUGCUGAUGAAGAUAUAGUUGGGGUUAAUGUGGGGAGAGAUAUUGCUGGGAUUGGAGUUGCUGUUUGUGAUCCGAGUGAGAUAUUAGUGUUUGAAGUGAGUAAGGGUUUGGUUAAAGGUACUGAAGUAUUGACGGAUGAAAUUGCAGAAUUGAAAGCACUGAUUGAAGGGCUUGAUGUUGCUUUGAUGCUGGGUUUGAAAAGGGUUAAUCUUCUUUUGGAUAGUCAAACAAUCUUGCAAUAUGUUAGCGGCACGUUGCAUCCAAGGAAGGGUAAUAUUGUUGGACUUGUUGAACAGGCAACUUCUUGCCUAAAAAAAUUUACAGAUUGUAUACCAUCUCUUGUGACACAGAACACGAUCAACUUGGCAAUUAAACUUGCUUCCGAUGCAAUAGUCUCUCAGGUUAGAGGACCAGCAGAAAAUAGCCUUCGGAAGAGCAUCACUGAGACUUGUACUAUUUGUCUGCAAGAUACUGAUAUAGAUCAUAUGUUUCUAAUUAAUGGUUGCCUGCAUUAUUAUUGCUAUUCUUGUAUGAAUAAACAUGUGGAAGCUAAGCUCCUUCAAGGAAUGCUACCUAAAUGCCCUCAUGAUACAUGCAAGUCUGAAUUGAAAUUAGAUAACUGCAAAAAGUUCCUGAUACCCAAGCUAUAUGAUUUGAUGAGUGAACGUGUAAAGGAAACUACCAUUCCUAUCACGGAAAAGAUUUACUGCCCAAAUCCCAAGUGUUCUACAUUGAUGUCAAAAGCUGAGGUCUCUGCGGGAGAACAGCAAGCUGGGGUUACAAUGUGCACGAAAUGUCACCUUAAUUUUUGUAUCAACUGCAGAGUUCCUUGGCAUAAAAACAUGACUUGCUUUGACUAUAGAAGACUUAACCCUUACUUGUGUGUAGAAGAUGCAAAUCUCAAGUCUCUUGCCGCACAGAGUCGUUGGCGUCAGUGCGUAAAGUGCAACCACAUGGUGUCUCUUGGCGAAGGUUGCUAUCAUAUUUACUGCAGAUGUGGUCACGAGUUCUGUUAUACAUGCGGAGCUGAGUGGAAGAACAAGAAAGCAACAUGUUCCUGCCCAGUAUGGGAUGAGCGAAAUAUCAUUUAUGACAAUAGACUCCAACCAAGGAGAGGCUGAUCAGGAUAUAGCCAUUACUUUCUAUUUUGCACCUGAAUAAUAAUUUCACUCUCAUAUGCAUAAGACCUUGGUGGACAUGGUUAACAAGUAUUUGCAUUGUUGGAGGUAGGUAUAUAUUUGGUUGAACAGUUGAGGUGAGCCCAAGUUGGACGCUACCUGUUGAGAAAAAAGGGGUUGUUUUCAUAUGUCUAGUUCUUUUGUUUCAUGGAAUCGUGUUAAUACGUGCUGCGAGAUUGCCAGUAGUAGGGGAUAGAAAUCAAAAGCACACUCUCUUGUCUAGUGUUGAGGAUCUGUGACUGUGACAGUCUAUGGUUUUCUGUUCAAUUUUAUGAUAUUCCAGUAAACUAGUUGUUUUUUUAGGGCAAUAUUGAAAAAAGUUGCAUUUUGGUCAUGUUUGGAAAAUUUUACAUAAUAGGAUAAAAUAAGCAAUUCUAUGAUUAUAUUUGCUUGCAAUGAAGAUGUUCAAUACUUCUACGAUACACAUGCUCCCAAUGUAUUAUUUGAUAGUAGUACAAAAUUUGUAUUUCAAUAAACAGUUUAGUGUAGU